AUGGCCCCCACUCUUGUUCUCAUCCGCCACGCAGAGGCGCUGCACAACAAGACAAAUGACCCUAGCAUUCUAGAUCCAGAGCUCUCGUCGCUUGGCAUCCAGCAAUGUGAAGCCCUGCGCAAUGAGUUGAAGGAAAAGUUCCCGAAGCCCGUGGAUGUCGAACUGAUCGUAGUCAGCCCUAUGCGAAGAACUCUGCAGACAGCUUCGAUCGCGCUGGAUUGGCUGAUAUCAGGAGGCGUGGAAGUCGAAGUCGAUGCAGACUGGCAGGAAAUCUACGACAAGCCAUGCGACACUGGAAGUCCACUUUCCGAUCUUGAGGCGGAAUUUCCUGCCUUCGAUUUCUCAAUCGUCGACCCGGUCUACCCAAAUAAGAGCUCGCCCGAGGGCAGACGAUAUGCUCAUAAUAGAUCAGCCGUCCUGGCGCGCGCACAGACCGCUCUGGGCAAACUCUACGGUCGGCCGGAGAAGCUGAUCAUCGUGGUCUCGCAUUCGAGUUUCAUGCGGCUAGCCGUUAGCGGGACAUGGUUUGCAAAUGCCGACUAUCGCAUCUUUGAAUUCAGCGAGCGAAAGAGCAAGGACGAACCAUACCGCUUGACCGAGUGGGACUCCACGAGAUCAAAUGGUGGUGGAAUGGGUCUCAGCUCGAAGGAUCAAGUAGAGCUUGGGUCAGGAAAUCUGCCACCCGAUGCCGGUUCAGCAAGGUUGGAGAGCUAG